AUGUACAGAAGCAGUUUCCUUCGCGAAGUGCGCAAGGAGAAAUACGAGCGGUCAGAUGCCUAUGAUGAGCUGCGAGGAACCCCCGAAUUUGAUAGCUUGGCCCAGGCCCAGGGCCUGGAGAACCUGCAGGAGCUCAACGAGCGGUUUGCCAGCUACAUCAACCGGGCCCGCGUGCUCGAGCAGCGCAACACCAUCCUACGGAAGCAGCUGGAGACUUUUCAGCGCAUGGAUGAGCUAGUGGGCUUGGAUGAGGCCUUUGCUGGGCAGAUUGAGUUCAACCGUCAGCGUAUGCGGGAGCUGUCGUCCGACCGAGCCAAACUGGAGCGCGAGGAGAAGGACGCCCAGCGCAUGCUUGAUGAGUACAGCAACAAGUAUAAAAAUGAAUGUGAGUAUCAGCAGAGGCUAAAAGAAACGCUUCAACGCCUUAAUAAGGAAGCUGAUGAAGCAUUGCUGUGCAACCUGGAACUGCAGAUUGAAUCCCAGUUCCUGCAGGAUGACAUUAAUGCCACAAAGGAUAGAUACAAGAAGAAUCUUAUGGAAAUCCAGACCUACGUCAAUGUUUUACAGCAGAUCAUCCAGACAACCCCUCGUGUGUCCCCUAUAACCGCUGGCAUAGCUGAGGAAAAACUGGUAGCUGAGCGGAGAAUCCCCAUUCUGCAGAGUCAGCUGGAGGAAUACAAGAGCAUUCUUUGCCAGCUACAGACACAGAAAUAUAAACUGCAGACAGAGACAACCAUGCUGGAGCAAGUGAUUAAAAACACCCAGGAGAGUUAUGAUGAUGAAAUUCAGCUCUACAAUGAGCAGAUUGAAAACCUUAGGAAGGGGAUAGAAGAUGCCGAAAGGAUCUUGGAAAAGUACACAACUGACUGUCGCCAGUUGGCAGUCUAUCAGCAGUCCCUAGAGAAUGAGCUGGAACGGUACAAACGUAUCAUUGAGAACGAGGACAGCCGGUUAAAUUCCGCCAUAGCAGGAACUCCAGUCACGCUCUUCACGCAGAUCUAUAGACCUGUCCAGCCUCAAGCUCCAAGGGGAAGAGAUAUCACCCAGGCUAUGCAAGAUAUUGCCAGUGCAAAGCCCAGACAAAAAGCUCUGAUAAAGAAAAUUUCCAGGAGAAAGGAGAUCACAUCUAAAGAUAUAACUGAUGGUCUCUCACCUGAAAAAAUGCACGAAGGAACUCUGGAAGGUUUUGACCAAGAUCAGCUAGAUUUUAAGCACGAAAGCACAGUCAUAUGUGAACCUGGGUGGGAAGGAUUCGAAUCUGAUGAAAAAGAAAAGGUUCCAGAGGAUAUACCUGAUGGAGCCAAGAUAAGCAAAGCCUUUGAUAAAUUGUGUAACAUUGUGAGGGAGAAAAUAAAAGUCUACAAGAAACCAGAGCCUAAACCUGAUUCCUACGCCAAAGGGCGUUACGUGCUGGUAACAGAGGAAGAACGUUAUAAAGAGCCUUGCAUCUUGCCUUCCGCCGUCCCAGCUGUGGGAGGGAUCAUAGUUUCCACCAGCAAUGGGAAGGUAACAAUCAGUGGUGAUGUGGUGCCAAUACCGGAGCUGCCAGAACCCACCGAACCAUCAGAAAAAGAGAAAGAGGGUGUCUGUGAAAGAAGGGAAGAGUUUGAAUACCCAGAAAAACUGAAAGAAGAAGAGAAAGAAGAAGUGCUUGAAUGGGGCAAAAAACCAACAGGAAAAACUGAGCCACCCCCAAAGUAUCCAGACAUCUGUGAGCCUGAGACAGUCCCUUCCCCUAGUCUAAUAAGCGUAACAGAGCCAGGAGUCCUUCAAGAGGCAGAGUACGACAAAGAUAAGGAAGACCUUUUGUUCAGGGAACCAAGUUUGCCCAGUUCCCUGAGCUACGAGAAGGUGGAAGUGGUGGAGUCCAUUGAGAAAUUUUCAGACGAUAGAAUUCAGACGUAUGAAGAGACAGCAAUGAUUGUGGAGACGAUGAUAGAGAAGACGAGCAAGAAGAAGCCAGGUGACAAAGGCUCUUAA